AUGGAGGAGGCGCUGGAGAUGGCUCGAGCCAAGGACACCAAGGAGAGAAUGGCUGGUGUUGAGCGCUUGCACCAACUUCUAGGAGCCUCCAGAAAGAGCCUGUCGUCGUCGGAGGUCACUUCUCUCGUCGACUGUUGCUUGGAUCUCUUGAAGGACAACAAUUUUAGGGUUUCUCAAGGUGCUCUUCAGGCUCUUGCCCCCGCCGCUGUUCUCUCCGGCGAGCACUUGAAGCUUCACUUCAAUGCCUUGGUUCCUGCCACUGUUGAGCGUUUAGGCGAUGCUAAACAGCCCGUUCGUGACGUUGCUAGGCGCCUCUUGCUCACUCUCAUGGAGGUUCGCUCGCACACUCCUUCUCUUUAA